AUGACAAUCGUCAAGCUGACUGCCGCGGUACAACGGUUCUGGGAGGUGGAAAGUUUUGAGGACGGGAAGGCAAUGUCGCUAGAGGAACAAUAUUGCGAAGACCAUUAUCGAAAUACCCAUACAAGAGCCCCUGACGGUCGUUACGUAGUUUGGUUGCCGAUUCGUGAAGAAAUGUUGUCGGAACUGGGAGAGUCGUUACCGGUUGCCCAACGACGAUUCCGAGCCAUGGAGAGGAAGUUUCUUACCAACACUAAGCUGCAUAUCGAUUACAGUCAGUUUAUGGAAGAGUAUGAAUUACUCGGACACAUGAAGGUUAUCGACCACGACCCUGUCACUCCACAUUUCUUCCUUCCUCACCAUGCUAUAUUGCGACCGGAUAGCACAAUGACCAAGACCCUAGUCGUUUUUGAUGGAUCGUGCAAGUCAGCAAUCAACAUUUUGCUAAACGAUAUUUUCGAUAUUGGUCCAACAGUCCAGCCGCUUCUUCUCACUACAACUAUAAACUUUCGUAUGACCAAAUACGCAGUCACCGUCGAUGCCGAAAAAAUGUAUAGACAGAUUUGGGUGCAUCCUUCGGACCGAGCUCUGCAACAAAUAGUUUGGAGGAAACACCAAAGUGACCAGCUAAAACUCUAUCAUCUAAAGACAGUGACGUACGGUACUGCAUGUGCGCCCUUUUUAGCCACGCGUUCAUUAAAUCAACUGGCAGUGGACGAAGAGAAGCAAUUUCCGCUAGCAGCUCGACUGGUCAAGCGUUUUUAUAUCGAUGAUUGUUUGGCUGCAGAUGAUGAUAAACUGCGUAUGAUAGAAGGAGCCGUCGCGGGAAUCAGUGAAAAUUUUCUGUAUUACGUCCUUACGUCCGAUUCCUUCAUGAGUGCGCUGAAACGUUUCGUAUCACGUCGCGGUCGUGUUACCGACGUGCAUUGUGAUAACGCUAGAACAUUCGUGGGAGCCAACCGUGAGCUCCAAGAAUACAAACAACAGUUCGACACUGUUCAUCGCUCUUCUGCCUUAGCGGAAAGUUGCACCGAGGCAGGAAUCAAAUUCCAUUUCAACCCCGCUCGGUCUCCUCAUUUCGGAGGGUUGUGGGAGGCCGCCGUGAAAGUCUUCAAACACCAUCUCUAUCGUAUCAUGAAGAAUACGCUAUUUACCAUCGAAGAAUUCCAGACACUCAUCACCAGUAUCGAAUGA